CAAAAAAGAAGGUGGGCAACGUGUAGGGGUGAGAUUAGUUCAGAAUUAGUGAAUUUCCCUAGCAAUACAAAAUAUUGAAAUUUUAUCUUAAAUAUGACUGUAAAUAAGACAGUUAUCACAGUUUUCCCCCGAGAUACAUUCAGGAGGUACCCAUACCUAAGCUAUUCUUUAGGGGUCCAGCGGAAUUUUCGAAUGAACAUCAUUAUAUUAACGAUAAACAUGCAUCUCGGUUUAAAAAAUUGCAUGAAAAUGUUAUACAUCACUCUUAGAAAUACAGAUAAGAAAUGAGUACUGGGAGCCCUUCGAAAGAUGGUACGAAUUAAGUCAAUAAAACCGAUAAGCAUUAACAAUUUCAUGUCAGUCUUUUUGACGAAUUACAACGAAAAGGACAUGAUGCGUAUAAAUAAAAUCAUGCCAAUUAGAAAAAGUUUCCUGUUGUUUUUAGUGUUUCAGCUCCAGCUCCCGCCCUCGAACACUGUCGAGGUUCAAACCCUCAAACAUUGUUGUGAAUUAGGUCAAAACCACUCUUUAGCUGGGAAUGACUGCAGUACUUUCCAGGCAACUACUUCAAAAGUAAUUGGGGCAGACUCAGUUCAGUGUCUGAAUUUUGGAGGAGUAUGCUGCGCAAAAAAGCAGAGCCAGUUAGAGUGCGAGGCAGGUGAGAGCUUAGGACUGUCGGGACAAGAUUGCAGUUCUGCAAGUGGUAAUAAAAAGAUUUGCUGUGAAUCAUGUGUACUCGGUAAGGCAGCUUCCAGUGGAGAUCCGUCAUGUUUCGAUCUAGGUUUAGGAUCAUCGUUUGUCAAAUGUUGUAAAGCUGCUGUAACAACUAAGACAACCGCAACAACUACAACAACCACAACAGCAGCAACCUCUUCUUCACCUGGAAAAUCAUUCGAUAAUGUUCCGCGGAUGGAAAACCUUUGUGAAGUCGAGGGGAUAUGUGCUCAGAUUUGCAUUCCUGUUGGGGGUUCAUACAAGUGUGACUGCCAUAAAGGUUAUUCACUAAUGGCUGACAAGGUUUCAUGUAAACCCGACCAAAACACUCGAAAAGGACUAAGCCGGUGUGAUUUAAAUAAUCCGUGUGAACACGAAUGUUUAGACACUGGAGUUGCCGUAAAAUGUUUGUGUCGCGAGGGUUAUGAACUAGACAUCGACAAUACUUCUUGCAAAGAUAUUGACGAAUGUGCUUUGAAACUGCAUGAGUGUAUUAAGGGGGAAAUUUGUGUCAACGAAGAAGGUAACUACUACUGUGAAGAUCCAAAUUACACAGAUUCUCCGAGUGAAUCUGAAAAUAAAUGUCCAACUGGUUACAAAUUCAGUGGUGACACAGGACUUUGCGAUGAUAUCGAUGAAUGUGAAAUCAGUUUAUUAUGUCCCAGCCCAAAAAUCUGCAAGAAUACAAUAGGAUCUUAUAUAUGUCAAGGAGAAGACGUGAAAUGUCCCCCUGGAUUCUAUUACAAAGCUGCUACAGAAAGCUGCUCCGAUAUCGACGAGUGUAUCACUGGAGAAAACGACUGCAAUAAGGAAUCACAAAUUUGUAUCAAUACGAAAGGAAACUAUACUUGCGCUGAAAAAGUCUCAACCAAAACCUGCCCUCCUGGAUUCAAGAAAAAUCCAUUCACUCAACUUUGCGAUGAUAUUGACGAAUGUGCUGACGACAUUCCAUUGUGCGCCCCUACCGAACAGUGUAUAAAUGAGAAGGGAAGCUAUAACUGCGUUCCCAAGAUACGACCAACCUCCCCAUCAACUGUAGCUUCAACGCAAACUUCAACUGUGCGCCCUAGUCGUUAUCCCCCGCAGAGACCUCCAUCAUUUACCACGUCCACAACCACCAAAACUGUCUUAACCGAGACACCUCGUCCACGUCUGCAGUGCUCAAAAGGUUUCACGUUAUCUACCGAUGGAAAAACAUGCGUCGAUAUCAAUGAAUGCCAAUUGCGUGUCCACUCAUGCAAGGAUACUCAAAGAUGCGACAACACUGUGGGUUCUUACCAUUGUGUCCGAAUGGCAGGAUGUGGAACUGGCUAUACUUACAACUACGCUGAAGAACUUUGCGAGGAUGAUGAUGAAUGUGAAUUGGGAACGCAUAAUUGUGGCGGUCUUGGAAGUGGUUUCAAAUGUAGGAAUACUUACGGUUCUUACAGGUGUGAUCCUGUCCGCAGACCUCCUGUCACUGUUAAAACUACAGUUCGCCCGACGACUCCUAAAAUUACCGAUCUUACCGUCAUAAGUGGACAAAGGAAGACUUGUCUACCAGGCUACUCGAUGAACAACAGGGGAGACUGUGAAGAUGUGGACGAAUGCUUAAGCAAUCCUUGUGCUAGAGGAGAAAUUUGCUACAAUGUUCCAGGAAGAUAUCAAUGUAUUAGCAACAUACAGUGCAAGGCUGGUUACGAUCUCAACGAGGCAGGAGAUGGCUGUGAAGAUGUUAACGAAUGUGUAAGAGGCAUACAUAAGUGCAACCCUACUCAGUUAUGUAGAAAUGGCGAUGGGUAUUAUACCUGUGUUUGCCCUCCAGGUCAUCAUUUGAAUCCUCAAACAAAUCGUUGUGAAGACUUUGACGAAUGUAAAUACUAUAAGGUUUGUUAUCAUAACGCAAAUUGCGUGAAUACCGUUGGUUCAUACAGGUGUGAAUGUAAGGAGGGAUUCAGAGAUAGUGGAAGAGGGUGUGAAGAUAUAGAUGAAUGUGCUGAGAAUCCCAGCCGUUGUGAGCACAGGUGUAUCAAUUUUUGGGGAUCCUUCAGAUGUACCUGUCAGGCAGGUUUCACUUUAAACAGUGACAACAGAACAUGCACCGAUAUAGAUGAAUGUGAAACGUUUAAGGACAAAAAACUAUGCAUUGGACCUUGCGAAAAUAUACCUGGAAGUUACAGAUGCUCUUGUCCGAGUGGAUAUAGACUAGGAAGCGAUAAAAGAACUUGUCAAGACAUUGAUGAAUGUGAACGCAAGGUGUGCCCAAAUCAUAAUGAUAUCUGUGUUAACACGCGAGGAAGUUAUAAAUGUUAUACCAUCGAAUGUCCCCCUAAUUACAUAAGAGAUUCACAACAUAAAAGCCGCUGCAAGAAACCCCAAACGCUGUGUGAUGCGAGAGAUCUCGCAUGUGUUCUUAAACCAGAACUAUACACUUAUCAUUUCAUAGCUAUUGUGUCCAAUCUGCCCAUUUUGAAUGGUCAUAUCAGCCUUUUCACCAUUCAGGGUCCAAGAUUUACAAGAGCUAGGACUGAAUUCAAUUUUAGAAUCGUUCGCGUCAGCUGUCCUGCUCUCGUUCCAAAGAUUAACGAAAAUUAUUUCAGGAUGGAUGUGCAAAAUUAUAGUGCGAUGAAGUUAUACCUAACGAGAAGUAUUACAGGACCACAAGAAGCUGAAUUGGAAAUACAAAUGAAACUAUACGACAAUAAUCAACUAACGAUGUCGGCGAUUUCGCGUCUUUUCAUUAUUGUUACUGAAUACCCCUUCUGAAAUUUCAGCAGGUGUUCGUCGUUUAUUAUCCAUGACAUAAAUUAACAAACACUUUGUAUUUCGUUUUUAUUAAGUAUCAAAAGAAAAUGGAAAUAUAUUUUGCAGGUUCGUGAAAUAA